GGAAGGAAGACGGUGUCACUACCAUCGCAUGACGUGCUUCAGCUAUAUGUGGACGUUUUGAAAGAGCAACAUCCUAUAUGUAAAUGCCAGAGAGUACCAUAUGAAACAGUCAUUCUGAAGCUUCGCGGACCUAAAGCACCAACUAUGCAGUCUGUCUUGGUGUUUAGGGGAGUAGUAUUCGUAUGUUUUGUGCAAUUGAUUUUGUCUUCAGAUGCGACAAUGAGAUCAGCAAUGACCUGUGCGCAAAGGGGUGACGUAACAGUAGAACUUCAGUGUUCUGUCAAUGAAAGGAUACAUGUAAAGGAAGAGUGGUAUGGGGACGGAGCAACAAACCCAUGUCGAUUUCAAAGUAACGGAUCGUGCAGAGAUGUCCUUCAGACCUCCAGAUAUGGCUUGGCCGUAAACUGCAAUGGAGAACAGACGUGUAACGAAACGGUGUCUUCAGUUACCUGUAACCUUGCUGCACCUGCUGCUGCUGCCGAAGUACACUAUAAGUGCAUCAAUGACAGUAUGGACAUCUGCGGCUUUGACACCAUCAACGCAGCAACAAACAAGUCUGUGUACCUCCACUCCCCGGGCUACCCGUACAGUCUUGGGUUGAAUAAAAGCUGCGUGGUGAGGAUCACUGGGAAGGUUAUACAAGUGACACUGGUUGAGCAGAGAUUGAAUGGGGGAAACUUGAUCAUUUCAGGCAAAGACUACAAAAAAUGGUCAAAUGUGAACAUAAAACUAUACAACAGAAAACUGACAGAACAAUAUUCAGAAGUUGCGAUAUCAUACAUUGACAGAGGCAAUGAUAGAUCAAAUGUGUGGAUAAGUGUUGUUGGUUCAAGUCCAAUGUCUGUAACGUUCAACGGAGGGAUGAUUACGACAUCGGCGGCUUCAACCUUAUUAGUUCCUAUGUCUGAAGGAUCUUCGCUUCUACAUGACGUAAGCAGUCAAAAGAUGUCGGUAACACAAUCAGUAAUGCCAAGGAGCACCAUCUCUCCUGACACGCAAACAUUGUCAACAAAGGCUCUCUUUACUAUCAUGGGUACAGAUACAGAUACAGCCUCAGUCACAGACACAGACGCGGUAGAGAUGACAUCGAAGACAACAGUUACUACAAUGACAAUUGCUCCCACGACCACUUCUGUUGCAGGCAACAGUGGGGAUGUUGUGAUAGCCCUGUCUGUGGUGUGUGGUAUUCUGGUGCUGAUCAUUGUAGUCUUCGUCGUAUAUGUCAUGAUGGUGAAGCACUCCAGGAAUUCAUCGAGUACUGGAACAUCUGUUCACUAUGCUGUUCGAAGCAGCCCUAGGAAUGGGCCUCAGAUAGACGAUGGACUUUCACACCCCAGUGCCAACAUCAACACGAAUUCUUCCCUCAGCCGGCAUGAAAACGCAAAUGUCUACGCUGGAAUACAACGUAAUACAAGCGACGCUGGUGACGAACAUAAUUACGGUCACAUUACGAGCAGUGAAGGACCUUGCUAUGCUAACUCUGUUAGUGGAGAUGAUCCAUAUGUUAACACCUAGAGACAACACAGACGCUAGUGUACUCAGCAGUAGCUUCAUUCGUGUAUACCUGUAUGUACCUGCAUAUUGGAAACCAAUCACUGUUCUUUAUAAUAGCGAAUAUGUGUCGUGUAUAACAUUUAAACUUUGUUUGUACAUUGCACGUCUAAAAAUGUUCCAUAUUCAAUAUCACAGUAUUCGCAUCUCCACUAGUCCUUACUUGUCCUUUAACAAAGUUUGUACAGUUUCGUUUAUCACCUGAUCAGUCAGCAUGCUUGUUAAAUGCAAAUUGGUUUAGUAUAUCGGCUUUGUUAUGAAUUAUUCAUCUAAGUUGCAAACCCAUGUGGUUAUUCGUUUUACAAUCCUUUGAAAAUAAAGUAUUCAUAUUC